UACUGCCCUAAAGCCAUUUGCAGCUGGCAACGGCGGCGACUCACAAUUCCGCGAUGGCGGACGGCGGCGCGUCGUCAGCUCCUUCCGAAGAUGUGGACCUACUUUAUCCAGAGCUUAUGUCGGUGAAGGCCAUCGUCAAAAUUUUGAAAGAGCGGUACGUGAAGCACCCACGGCUCGAGGAACUAGACAAGGCGGCUCUUGUACAGUUGUACGAGAAGACCGUGCUACCACUGCCACAGCGGGAGUACCGCGACACCCGGACGGGGCGAGCCCUGUCAGCCCUGCGAGAGCGUGCCGACAGCCGCCGCAAGCGGAAGGCCUCUCAGGACUCUUCCUCUGACUCAUCGCCCACAAAGCACCGCAAAGGCAGCCAAGAUAAAGCACGUGACGACGACAAGGCACGGCGGCGGUCGAGCGAGCCUCUUGCAAAGCGAGACAGGAAAUCGGAUGCCGCAGCCAGUGGGGGUGGCGAGUGGGGCUCCUGGGAUGAAGAGGCCAAGUCCAAACCCAGCAAGACGAGUGUCACAAAUAGGUGCCAUGGCGAGGGCGACGGACCUCCGAGGAAAAAGCACCGGACACCAAUCACGUGGCCGUGACUAGUGCAGAAGGAUUCGAGCAGGCUGCCACCAAACUCAAACAUGACGUACGUCUGCAAAGGUGGCAAAAAUGGUGCCGAGGCUCACCACAUUUACACUCGCUGUCAUCUUCGUCAUCACGUGCAUCUUGUUGUGCACGACAAAGGGGGGCACCAUUUCACUCAAUGCACAUCCGUCGAAUGUUAAGCAAAUAAGAGGGACAGGCUUUUCCAGCUAAACCACUGAAAUUUUGAGCUGUAGUGGACUUUCACAGUGCUCUUUAUUCAAAAUGUUUGCAUGUGGUAGUUGCGUAUUUCGUUAAGUCUCAGCUGUGCAUUUUCUGCAGUGACACCAAGUGAAAAGAGCAUAUUUUCUCUGCAAUAUAAUGGUGGCACCAUCUGUCACAGUUACGGUGAAACAUGGCGUACUGUGUUUUGCCAUGACAACGGCAAACGGCACUGGCACUCCUUUCAGCAGAAGAACUGCUUUCUUAUGCCCACGUUGCUGCAGACAAGGUGUAGUUGUCAUUUAUUCUAGGCAAUGCGGGCUCCACAAAAUGCCACCUCCGUGCAAAAUUUGUGUGCGAAAUUUCUGUGCAAACAAGUCGGUAAUUGAGCCAGGAGAGCCAAGCAUACUUUGCCCUCUUAUUUGCACAGUGUAUUGUAGACCGUGGUUGGAGUGCACUGACAAUAAAUGAUUUUGCACACCCAACUGCAAUUGCUAAUCGUC